AUUAUUCCAAAACCAAGUUGGCUAUCAAAUGGACUCGACUGUGCUUGAUAGUAUGCAUCAUGACAUAUGUCGAGCCCUCUUCGCUGACGACGUGCGCCUGAUACUUAAGAAGCCUAAUGUCGCUCUCGAGGCCGUCAACUUUCUCUUGGUGCGGCUAAACAGUCUGGAGGAAGAUGACGUAGAGAAAAUGGUGCUACCGUUAUUGGCCAUAGUGCACAAGACAUGUAGAGAGGGUGGAUUCAGCGCCAAGAUGCAGACCUCGUUAUUACCAGUCGUGGCGGUGCGUGCUAGUAUUAAGUGUGGUUCAACAUUCCAAUUGGUUAAUGAGAUCUCGGAGAUGGCCUUGGAGGCUGUCGAUGCUUUUGGGAAGAAAAGGCGGAUAAUUGGAAGCACUUCCAAGGUCACCGAACGAGUUGCAGCGGUUGAGGCCAUCCUAUGUAUUAUACAUUUGAAUCCUUCCCAACUAAACUGCAACAUGGUGAUGAAGUUACAGGAGACAGCAUUGACCGGUAUGGAUCUGUCUGCAUGGGCAAAUGCUGU